AUGGCCGAGGCGGAGGCCGAAGGCUUCGCUUCCGCGGCGGAGGCCGCGGCCUCGGGCGCCGAGGCGGCGGCGGCCGCGGAGGCCACGGGGGGAGGCGCGCUCGCGGCCAUCGGCUCCGGGCUGGCCGCGUCGGGGGAGGCGGCGCUGCCCGUGGCCGCCACGGUGGGCGCGGCGGCGGGCGGCCUGGCCGUGGCGGGCGCGGGGGCGGCCCUGGUGGGCACCGCGUGGGCGCUGCACGGGGGCAUGCUGGCGGCCGAACACUUCCUGGGCUGGGGCGAGAGCGGCGGAGGCACGGACAGCGACCAGUCGAGGCCCAGCUCCGCCGUGGACGUGCAGACGCUGAACGGCAUGCAGGAGGCGGGCGCGCAGCAGCACUUCUCGCUCCGGGAGCAGCGGCCGCGGCCGCAGGUCUUCAGGAUGGACGCGGACUCGGAAGCGGAGCCGAGGGCCGGCAGCCCGCGCUGCCCUUCGGCCUGA